AUGAGCACCGAAAGCUUUACUGCGGUGGCCAAUCGAACACCAGGCCAUGUUCACAUCGUAUUGAUCGCCACAGGGAGCGUUGCCUCGGUCAAAAUCCCGCUCAUCGUCAAAGAAUUGCUUCAACACAAACGAGUCAAGAUUCAAGUUGUGGCAACAAAGGCAUCCCAAGUCUUUUUCGAUUCGACUCGUUUAAAGGCAGAACACGGUGUCAAUAUCUGGCAAGACGAGGAUGAGUGGACGGCGAGUCUUUCGUGGAAGAAGAUGGGGGAUGCCAUUCUGCAUAUUGAACUGAGGAGAUGGGCAGAUUUGGUGCUCAUCGCUCCUUGUUCGGCGAAUACCCUUGCCAAGUUGGCUGGAGGACUGUGCGACAAUCUGGCAACAUCUCUCUUACGUGCCUUGCCUCCGAUUCAGACCGACGUUGAGCAGGCAAGCCUCAUAGCUGAUCGUCCGGGUGAAAGCACCAGAGUCGAGGUCUGGGUGUUCCCAGCGAUGAACACGCUGAUGUACGAGCAUCCACUGACUGCUAUGCAUCUAAAAGUAGUCAAAGAAACCCUCAAGUAUCGCGUGGAAGGACCCAUAGGAAAGGGGCUAGCAUGUGGUGAUGUGGGAUUAGGAGCAAUGACAGAAUGGAAAGACAUUGUCAAGAUGGUCGUCGACCAUUAUCGUCUGGAACGGAGCCACUAG